GUCACCCUCAUGGGCAGUGGGCAGAUGUGUUGCAUCUGUAUGGGAAACGGACUACCCCGCCCUCCACGAGUCUCCUGCUGCCUUGCAGGUCGGCCUUGGGGCUAGCGGAGUAAACCCCGACAGAAAAUCAGGAGUGGAGCCCUGUAGGUGGUUGACUGAUGUACCCGUCACCUUCCGGCAGCUCCUACAUCCUGAUGGGUCCCCAGCUGUCCUGACCCUGUCUUACUGCUGGACCAGGUUCCUCGGGACGAGAGAGUGAGGUUGGCGCUGCGCAACCCUCCUUCACUUUAAACAAAGUCCCAUGCAAGUCAUCAGUCAUCCCUCAUUAACAAGCCCUGUGGCAAUGGGUGAGUGGCGAAGCGACAGGUGUGGGUACACUGGCAGUCAUAGUCGCGGACCUGCACACAGGCGACUCAGGCCUAGUGGUCGUUCUUCACUGACUGGAGCAGAAGUGGAGUCCGGCAGCCGUCUGAGUGACUGAGCAGCCCUUUUUAGGACAGCACUGCUCACCUCCCCGGCACAAGGAAGGGGCUAGAAAAGGUGCCCCAAACAUUGCCUGCUCCAUGCCUCCUUGGCCGGCUUACCGCAGUCAGCAGGGACCCCAUUCAAUGCGGUCGAAACAACAAGAAGAAAAUCAAGAUAGUUCCUCUGAACAUCGCCGCAUGGAACAUCCGCACGCUUCUAGACCGGGUCGACUCAAACAGACCACAAAGAUGCACAGCGCUCAUUGCCCAUGAACUCGCCAGAUACAACAUCGACAUUGCCGCCCUUAGUGAGACCAGGGUGGCAGACGAGGGAGAACUGACAGAGAGGAGCUCAGGUUAUUCCUUUUUCUGGAGCGGACGGGCACCCGAAGAGAGCCGUGGAGUUGGAUUUGCCAUAAAGACAUCAAUUGUCGGCAAACUAGCUCAUCCCCCGAAAGGGGUGAACGACCGUCUUAUGACCAUGCGACUUCCCCUAUCCUACGGCAAGAAGUUCGCCACCAUCGUGAGCUGCUAUGCCCCCACCAUGACCAACCCAGACGAGAUCAAGUACAGGUUCUAUGUGAACCUUAGUGCCAUCAUCUCCACUGUUCCUGCUGCAGACAAGCUUCUCAUUCUUGGUGACUUCAAUGCAAGAGUUGGAUGUGACAGCAUCUCCUGGGAAGGCAUGAUUGGCAAGCAUGGAAUAGGAAAGGGCAACAGCCUCCUGCUCCUCCAGGCCUGUGCUGAACAUGGCCUCCUGAUCACGAACACCACCAUCCACCUACCCACUCGCAACAAGACAUCAUGGAUGCACCCCCGCUCUAAGCAUUGGCAUCUGAUUGAUUUACGUCAACGUCAGAAGGAGGGACAGACAAGAUGUGAGGAUCACAAAGGCUAUGUGCGGUGCAGAGUGCUGGACGGACCACUGCCUCAUUUGUCUCCAAACUCAGCAUCCAAAUGCAACCCAAGAGAAGACCCCAGGGCACCAAGGCGCCAAAGUAUGUUAACAUCAACAAGCUGAAAGACAGCUUCACCAAGCAGUCGUUUGCUGACACUUUGGAGGAGCAGUUAGAUGCCCCCAUACUUGAUGAGGAGGACGUUGAAGUGGCGUGGACCACUCUCCAUGACAUUGUGUACAACACAGCCAUGGAGUGCCUAGGGCCACCUGCCAGGAAGCACAAGGACUGGUUCGAUGAGAAUCACACUGAGAUCAAGGACCUUCUCGAGAAGAAACGUGCCGCCGACAAAGAGCGUCUCCACGACCCCAAGUCAAUAGCAAAGAAAGAUGCCUUGCGGAGCAUACGCAGUAAUAUACAACUCAAACUGCGCGUGAUGCAAGACUCCUGGCUGAAUGCAAAAGCUGGCAAGAUCCAAGGCUAUGCCGACAUGAAUGACAUGAGAAACUUCUACAACAGCCUGAAAGAAGUCUACGGUCCCAGCAGCUUGGGAUCAUUCCCCCUGCUCAGCACAGAUGGGACCACGCUCAUCACAGAGAAGGACAAAAUCCUCGAGCGGUGGGCCAAACGCUUUGACAGCGUCCUAAACAGACCGUCCACCAUCAACGACGAAGCCAUUGCAAGACUACCGCAGAUCCCAGUGAAUGAGACACUCGAUGCUGUCCCUACUCUGGAGGAGAUUCAGAAGGCCAUUCGUCAGCUGUCUAGCAGCAAAGCACCUGGAUCUGACUCCAUCCCAGCCGAACUUUACAAGGAGGGUGGCUCAGCACUGACAGACAAGCUUCUCAAUCUCGUCCAGAUAAUAUGGGCGAAGGAUGCAGUACUGCAAGAUUUCAAAGAUGCCUUGAUCAUCCACAUAUACAAGAGAAAGGGAAACCGCCAAGCCUGCGACAACCAUCGUGGAAUCUCCCUACUGGCCAUCGCAGGCAAGAUCCUGGCCAGAGUCCUCCUGAACCGGCUCAACUUCCACCUUGAGCAGGGACUUCUGCCAGAAAGUCAGUGUGGCUUCCGGAAGAAUCGCGGGACCAUCGACAUGGUUUUUGCUGCGAGGCAACUCCAGGAGAAGUGCCAGGAGCAGAAUGUCUCCUUGUACUCAACCUACGUCGAUCUGACCAAGGCCUUUGAUACUGUAAGCAGGGACGGCCUCUGGAGAAUCAUGGCGAAAUACGGCUGCCCCAGCAAGUUCAUCAUUCGACAACUGCACGAUGGCAUGCUGGCCAGAGUCCAGGACUGCAGAGAAACAUCUGAACCAUUCCCUAUCACCAACGGUGUAAAACAGGGAUGUGUCCUGGCUCCCACGCUCUUCAGUAUGAUGUUUUCAGUGAUGCUAUCGGAUGCAUUCACUGGUUCAGAUGCCGGGAUCGAUAUCAUACCGACAGCUCAAUCUUCAACCUCAGGAGGCUCCAAGCAAAAAACCAAGGUGAAGUCAAUCAAUGAACUUCUGUUUGCCAAUGACUGCGCCCUUAACGCUACCACAGAAGCUGACAUGCAAUGUAGUGUCGACAAGUUCGCUGAGGCCUGCAACAACUUCGGCUUAACCAUCAGCACAAAGAAGACAGAAGUCAUGCACCAGCCAGCACCAGGGAGACCCUACAUCGAACCCAACAUUACCAUCAACGGGCAAAGACUAAACGUGGUUGACAAGUUCACGUACCUCGGCAGCACCCUCUCCAGGUCCGUUGUCAUGGACGACAAGAUGAAUGCCAGACUUGCCAAAGCGAGUGCCGCAUUUGGUAGACUAAAAACGUGUGGACCCGGAGGGGUAUCUCCGAGGAAACGAAGAUCGAAGUCUACUGUGCCAUAGUCCUCACUGCUCUUCUCUAUGGGUGCGAGACCUGGACAGUGUACCGGCGCCAUGAAAGGAAGCUCAGUCACUUCCACACCACCUGCCUUCGGAAAAUCCUCGGCAUCAGCUGGCAGGAGAUGAUCCUGGACACCGAGGUGCUCGCCCAGGCCGAUCUACCCAGCAUCCACACCAUCCUGAUGCAGUCGCAGCUACGAUGGGCAGGACACGUCGUGCGCAUGGCCGACCACCGCAUCCCCAAGAAGCUGCCCUGCGGGGAACUGUCACACGGCAAGCGCUCCCAAGGAGGCCAGAAAAAAUGCUUCAAGGACAAGCUGAAAGCUUCCCUCAAGGCAUUCGGCAUUGACCCAAACGGUUGGGAGCAGAUGGUGCAGGAUAGGGACAGCUGGCAGGCGGUGGUCAAGCGAGGGGCAAAAGCACAUGAAGUUCAGAGGCAAACAAGAAAAGCCAACGCCACUCCAGCAUCUGCCGCCGCCAUCCUGUGCCCACGCUGCCCUCGCCUCUUCAGAGCUCAGAUUGGCCUCAUUAGCCACCUGCGCACCCACAAUUAACCCCAUCCCCCAAGCAAAGGUUUGACUCGAUGGUCUUCAUCAUUCCGAUGGACAAAGAAGACAAGACAGUUCAGCGAGUGCAUAGCAGCCAGGAAUGUGUUAGGGUUAACCUCCAAAACUACAGUUAAGGUCAAAAUUAUUAGCCCCUUUUGUGAAAUCAGACAUAACCCUUUUGUUUAUCCAUGAAAAUGACAAUUUCCAAAAAUGUGUAUAGUUUAUAUGAUUCCAAAAGAGAAAAGACAGAAUGACCACUAAGUUUGAUAUUUUAUUCAUGCUCUGACUUGUAACAAGAAAACAGAAAAAUGACAUGGUCAAAAUUAUUAGCCCUCUGACAAUAGUCAAUAGUGUACCCUUUCUGUGCCACAACUGACCUCAACCUCUUUGGAUAGUCUUUUACAAGGUUGGCACAUGUCUCUGUAGGUAUUUUGCCCUAUUCCUCCUUGGCAAAGAGCUCCAGCUGGUCCAAAUUGCAUGGUUUUUGGGCAUGGACUUUUGUUUUCAGUGUGUGCCAUAGAUUCUCAAUGGGAUUGAGGUCUGGGUUCUGUGCAGGCCACUCUAGGACCUUGAUUUUGGUGUCCUUUAGGAAGUUUUAGACCACUUUUGAUGUGUGCUUUGGGUCAUUUAUCAUGCUGAAAAGACCCAGCAGCGACCUAAGCCUAGACUACGAGCAGAUGUCUUGAUGUUAUCCCUCAAAAUGUCAACAUAAUCUUCCUUUUUCAUGAUCCCAUGCACCCGAACAAGGCUCCCUGUGCCUGAGGCAGCAAAACAGCCCCAUAACAUGAUGCUCUUACCACCAUGUUUCACUGUGGGAACUGUAUUUUUGGGGUUGUAGGCCUCGCCCUUCUUUCGCCAAACAAAGGCAAAAUCCAUGUGCCCAAACAGCUCCAGUUUAGUCUCAUCAGACCAAAGGACAGACUUCCAAAACUCACCUUUAACUUUCAAAUGUGCAUGGGCAAAGUUCAGUCUGGCUUUGAGAUGUCACUUUUGGAGUAAUGGGGUUUUUCUUGGGCAAUGACCUCGGAGCCCUCCAUGAUGAAGAGCCCUUGCUACUGUCUUCUUUGAGACCUCAACCCCAGAAGAGGCAAGGUCAGCAACAAUCAUUUUGGUGGAUGUGCAGGGAUUCUUGCCAAUAUCCCUGAUGAUUUUUCUCUUUUGGGAUUGAGAAUUUGCAUUUUCGUCCAUGCCCAGGUUUGUUACACACAAAAUGGAACUCCUUGUACUUUGCAAUGAUGCAUCGCACAGCUGUUCUAGAGACUGAAGCGUCUAGAAAUGACAGUAUAGAUAGUUUUCACAUGAUGUCACAGAGUCGGGGAUUCCCUGGUGGCGGCCAUCUUGGUGGGCCAGCUUACCAUGCGGGUCACUGAGCACACAUUGUAGCGCGCGAGUUACAUUCAUUUAUAUAUUAUUUACAUUUAUAGUUACAUUGCUACUAUUUAAAGCUAGCAAUGGUGCAGACUUGUUGUAUUCACGGCUGUCGUAAUAGGUCAGAUGAUGAUAUCAAGCGGAGCUUUUAUGGAAUUCUCACUGUACGGGAGCACGAAGGUGAGCAAACAAAGAAACUCAGCAUACAAAGGAGAAAUCUAUGGCUUGCGAGAAUCAACCGCAAGGAUUUUCAGCCUUCCAAACACAGCAGAGUCUGCUCCGAUCAUUUUAUAAGUGGUAAGUUGUUUAAAUAAACAAUCAAUUGUGUUUAAGUUUGUUUUUGGAAACCAAAACAUCGUGUAAACAAUCUCUAGAGAAUGCCUAACUGGAACCGCUGAGUGUACGUUUACAUUGUAAUGUACACUAAUAUUGCUCACGCAAGGGUCAUUUUUGAAAAACAUUUGUCUUAAAUCAACUCGAUAUUAUACACACACAUAUUUAUAUGCAGUGUUGAGAGCUCUAAAAUUCCAAUGUUUACAUGCCUUGGCUGUAAUUAGGACACAGCUCUCACUGGUUUUUAUAUGGCGGACUUCACGGACCCAGCCACAGACAAAAUAAUUGUAUGACUCCAGCGACUUGUAUGCUUUGAGGUUAUCAAGUGUGUAGGCGCUUUUAGUAUUUACGAAAUAGUUCACAAUAUCAAGGUACGAUAUGGAUGGCAGCCCUGCAUAGUCACUGGAAAAUGCUUCUUUGUCCACUUCGUAGGGGUCAAUUCCCCCAAUCAAGGCCAGUUUGGCUGCAUACCGUUGUCGUGAGAUGUCGUCCAAUGUAUCCAUAUACUUCUGUUUGCUUGAUUUUGCCGACAUUGUUCUUUAUUUUAGAAAACUGACUAUAUAACUUAAUAAAUUCGUCCGAGACAACGUGGCCGGUAGUGGCGAUGGUCCGUUUUGUUUGCCCACCAAGAUGGCGGCUGGGGGGCGUUCCCCGGGAUGCCGUGACGUCAGUGAAAACUAUCUAUAGCCUUCCCUCUUGGUAUGGGCCUCAGCUAUUUUCUUUCUGAGGUCCAGAGUGAUUUCUUUUGUCUUCGGCAUGGCUUUAAAUGCAGAUCCCUCUCAAAUGUGUUCAACUGCCUCUAGGCCUGUUCCUUCAAGUCCAUUAAGUAACAAUCAAUGCUGAUUUGUAUGUUCAGGUGUUGUCUGGGAACUAAUUGACUGCACAGGUGUGGCUUGAAAGCUGACAGUCUGGUUGUUUUGUUUUUAAAAGCAAGAAAAUUUCAUGGGAGCUAAUAAUUUUGACCACCCCAUUUUUCACUAUAUUUAAGAUUAAGGAUACUUAAAUAUUAAUCUUGCAUUCCAAAAUGCACCAGAUACUACGGAAUAACACUUGUGAAUGGUUGAUAUUUUAAAAUUACAUCAGUGUUACAAAUUUUGGGGAGAAUUUUAUAGUAAAGUUCCAAAAUUUCAUGGGGACUAAUCAUUUUGACUUAACUGUAAGUUGCUCAUAAAACUACAACCUUUUCUGGUUGUAAUGGUCCCAAUUAGGACCAUGUAGACCCUUUCUAUUUUGUGCUACGUUAGGUGUGUGGGGGGGGUCGGCGCACAAUUACCGUUAUUGAUUUUUACUAAAAUCACUGUAUCUCUGCAGCUGUAAAAUAUUUUUACAAUUCCAGUCUCUCAUUCAAGUACUUUUGCAACUCUCACUCCAGACUUUACAAGACAGCCAUUGUCAUCAAGUUAUACCUCGUUCCUCUAAUUUACAGUGUGAUAACUGCCUAACUCUGAAAUCAGAUAAGAAAGCUCUGCAGUCCAAAAUUAAAAGGAUGGAAUGUAAAAGAAAAGGAAACAUGCAUACAAAUCAAUCAGAGCAACUAGGUGAAUACAUUUAAAAGUAUGGUUGAUUUUCUCCAAUAACUCUUUCAGCAGGUACAUAUACAGGUUUUAUUUAUGCUUUUUUUUCCUUUAUUUAAUCUGACUUCAAAUCCAUUGCAUUCCUAAGAAUGUAAUGGAUCUAGUGUGCCUAAAGCCCCAGCCCCACAAUACCGAUAACUUUGCUUACUUAUGGCUGUCUGUCUGUUGAUAUUCGACGAUGAUGUUCUCCUCUUCAUUGUCAUCUUUGCCUUCCCAGGUCUUGUUGCUGUUAGGGUUGUUGCGGUCUGUCGCCGUCUCUCAUGUGCCCACUCAUGAGCAAGAAGCCUGAUCCUGGGACAACGGCGACAGGCGAAGGGACCAGGUGCGGGAGCAGAGGGAAGGAAUUGCCGAAGGUGUUGCUGGGCCUGUUUCUCCUCCCUCAGCCUGGUCUGUUCUUCCUCAAAGUGGUGGACUCCCUGGGACACCAUCUGCUUUCAUUUCACACAGUCGUUGGCGAGGAUCUCAAGGUCGACAGGAGGGAUGUUGCACAACUGCAGGGACCACUUCAAGAAGUCCUUCCAAUGCUUCUUAGGGCUUCCACAGGAGCGGGUCCCUUCUGUGAGUUCUCCAUAGAGGACCAUUCGGGGCAUUUGGAUGACAUAUCCAGUCCAUCAGAGGACACGAUGGAGGAUCAAUGACUUCACGCUUGUGGAGUUAGCCUUGCUGAGGAUCUGCGUGUGGGGGAUCCUGUCCUCCCAAGUCACUCCAAGGAUGCGUUGGAGGCAAUGCAUAUGGAAGGCUUCAAGGGACUUGAUUUGCUUCCUGUACAACAUCCUGGCUUCACAUCCAUAGAGAAGGGUUGAGAUGCAGACUGCAUGAUAGACCGCGACCUUUGUGCAGAUGCAGAGGUUGUGGUUCAUGAAGACACAUUUACGGGGGCGGCCAAAUGCUGAAGAAGCAUGCCUGAUACGGGAGGUAAUCUUUUCUUCAUUCAAUGAGACGUCAUCAGAGAGAAUGCUACCGAAGUACGUGAAAGCACUUGUGUUCUCCAGUACUGCAUUGUCGAUUGUGAUGAUCAUUGGGGGCUCAUUGUGGAACAGUGAAGACUGCAGGGUCCGAGUCUUCAUGACCUUGACGGUUAGUCCCAUCCAUGUAUAGGCUGUUUGAAGGGACGGAACAGUCCUUUGAAGGCCUGCAGGAUGGAGGGAUAUGCCAGCAGCGUCAUCAGCAUAUUGGAGUUCAAUGAUUGUCAUCGUAGAGGUCUUCGUGUGGGCUGAGAGACGCCGAAAGUUGAAGGUUACCAUCCAAGCGGUAACGGAUUUGUACGCUGUCGUGCGCAUUGAGUGCAUUUCUGGAGAGAAGGGUGAUGCCAGCAAGGUAGACAGUGAAGAGUACUAGAGUGAUGAUGCAUCCUUGCUUCACGCCGACCAUGACUUUGAAUGCAGAGGACGUUUCCCCACUGACAAGGACCUUUGCAGUCAUUCCAUCAUGGAACUGACGAAGAAUGGUGAGGAAUUUUGGAGGGCAACCCAACUUGUAUAGAAGGUUCCAGAGCAUCUUGUGGUUCACAGUAUCCAAUGCUUUGUGCAGGCCAAUGAAGGCAAACGUGAUAUCCUUUUGAUGUUCUCUUGCUUUUUCCAAAAGCUGAUGGGAGAUGAUCAUAUCAAUGGUGCUGUACUCAAAGUGGAAUCCAGUCUGCGACUCCGGAAGUACUCUGUCAGCAACAUGUCAGAUGAGACAGUGGAGCAUAACUCGGGUGAGUGUCUUUCUUGCAACAUCCAACAGAGAGAUGCCUCGACUAUUGCCACAGUUGGAGUGGCCCCCCCUUCUUGUAGAUGGUGACAAUGGUGGAGUGUUUCCAUGUAUCGGGGAUGGUGCACUGCUUCCAGCAAAGUGAAAAGUCGGAGGACCUUUGAUGCUGGGUUCACCAAGGAGGCUUGGUGUGCAGCAUUCCUGGCCUCCAGCAAGGGAUGCAUUUCAUCUGCAGCUUUGUCAAACCAAUAUGGGUUCUUCCUCUUGGAGUACCCAAGGACUUCCUUGGAUGAGCUUUGGAGAGCAUCAAGGAUUGAAUUCCACAGUUCCUCCACAUGAAGAUGGUCGGAGAACUACUUGAAGGAUGGUCUGGACAAGCCUGUGAUCAGUCCAACACUCAGCACCAUGCAUGACCCAUAUGAUCAUGACAUCUCGGAUGUCACGACAGCAAAUGAUAGUGUAAUCCAAGAGGUGCCAGUUCAUGGACUGUGGGUGCAUCCAGGUUGUUUUCAAUACCAAACAUGCAUCUCAAUGAAAUUAGGGUUUCUAAACAUAUAGAAGAUGAAAAGGAACAUUAUUGCUUUUCUUCUAAUUUGUUCAAGUAUUGACAUGAGCCUGACAUAUGAAAAAUGAUUUGCAAAAGGGCUUGUAUCCUUGGCAAUUACAAAACUCUUUUCUGUGUUACAGUGGUGCUUGAAAGUUUGUGAACCCUUUAGAAUUUUCUAUAU